AUGAAUGAUGAAUCAGUCCAAUCUUCCUCUUCUCAAGAGGGAAGAGUAUUAUUGGGACAAGGUGCUGAAGGGAGAGUUUUCUUGUUAAAUGAUUAUUUUGGAAAGCGAGCAAUUUUAAAGGAAAGAUUUAGUAAAAAGUAUCGACAUCCAACACUGGAUGUAAAAUUAACAAAACAAAGGCUUGUCAAGGAGGCAAAGAAUGUUUCAAAAUGUAGACAAAUCGGAAUUCAAGUUCCUACAAUUUAUAAUGUUGAUAAAACAAAUAAUCAAAUAUAUAUGGAGUAUAUUGAAGGAUGUUCCAUCAAGGAAUAUUUAAGAAAAUUUGAAGUGCAAGCCAAUAGUUCAGAAGAACAUAUAUGGGACCAAUCCUGUUUAGAAAUAUUUCAUUCAGUUGGAAAGAUUAUUGGAUUGUUACACAAAAACAAACUUGUUCAUGGAGAUUUGACGACUUCAAACAUGAUGCUAAGAAACGGAAAUAUUAACAAUAUUGUGAUGAUUGACUUUGGAUUGAGUUUUACAACAACACUAGACGAAGAUAAGGCUGUGGAUUUGUAUGUUUUAGAAAGAGCUUUACUUUCAACCCAUCCAAAUUCUGAGCGAUUGUUUGAUCAAUUAACGGAAGGUUAUAAAGAAGCUGACCUCAAUCAAUCGAAAACAGUUCUCAAAAAGUUGGACCAAGUUCGACAGAGAGGAAGAAAGAAAUCCAUGAUUGGAUAA